AUGGGUCCCCAAGCAGCCCUCCCGGUGGCGGCGCUAGCCGGCUGCCUGCUUCGGGCCCGGAGCUGUGUCACUUGUGAUCCAAGGGUCGUGGCCGCGCUGGACGCCUUGGAAAAGGAAUACCUGUCUACCCACCUCGCCCCCGGGCGUCACAGACAAGUGAUGGAAAGGAUAAGAGAAACCGUGAGGGAUUUCCGGGACCUGCCAUAUUUAGAGGAUACCUUUAUGGGGGUUAUCGACGAGGCCACAAUGGAAACGUCAGUCUUAAGUUUUCUGAGGAGUGUGAGACUUAUCAGAAACAGUGCUGCAGCAGAUGACUCUUUCGAGAAGGAGGUCUCCAAGAUAUUGACUCGGGAAAAGGCAACCUUUCAGAGCUACAUCCUUCGGUUCCAACGAGAGGAUUUAUGUCCCAACAAAUGUGGUACGAUGUUGCAGCGUCUGAUGUGGUGCAGUAAUUGCGUCCAGGACAAUUACAUUUGUCGAAAGUCCAGAGAUUGCGGGGUUCGCCACAUCAACGUCCAUGAAAAGGAAGACAUGAUCCUGGACUGUGAGCUCAACUGGCAUAAGUUAUCUCAAGGCCUGACCUAUUACAGCUUUUACAGGGUUUGGGGGAGCAAUUCUGAGACCUUGUUGUACAAGGGGAAAGGGCCCACCCUGACCAAGCCCCUCGUGAGGCCAGAGGAUGCGGGUAACUACCGCUGCGAGUUGGGCAUUGAGCGAUCCGGCCCAGCCACGGUCAUCCAUUUUCAAGUCACAGUGUUGCCUCAAAGGAUCUUUGGGGCGAUAACAACACAGUCCCCAGCCAUUGGAACCGAGGCUGGGGAACUCUGGGGCGACCUUUCCCCAACCCUCCGGCCCUCCGAGUGUUCAAACCCCAAGGACGUGCAGACAGGCCUUCUGAUAGGGCUGCUGCUCUGGUCCUUUUUGCUGCUACCACUGAAGAGGCAGGACGCGGAGAGAGGGGCGGGGUCUCCACCUUCCUACUGCAGGAGAGGCCCUCCAGUGCUGCGAGCCGGGGCAGAGGCAAAGGCUGAACAUGAACAGCGGGUUUAG